AUGCUGACAGCAGAGCCAGAAAGUCGAAAAACAAUGAGAGGAGUAGUGUUACCCGGGAAUAGUACCGUUGAGUAUCGCGAGCAAGAGAUUCCAAAACCAUCUUACGGUCAAGUGCUCGUACAAAUGAAGGCUUCAUCGAUAUGUGGUAGCGACAUUAGGCAAGUAUAUGAAAAGUUGUGGGGAGACGAGAAGUACCGAAAUGUUAUCGCGGGUCACGAACCAUGCGGACAGAUUGUUCAAGUUGGCAGCGGAUGUAAGCAGUUUAACGUUGGAGAUCGUGUCAUUGUGUACCAUAUCAGCGGAUGUGGCUUAUGCAAUGAUUGUAAAGAAGGUUAUAUGAUUUCAUGUCACGGAAAACAGAGAGCAGCAUACGGAUGGCAGCGAGAUGGAGGGCAUGCACCAUAUCUGUUAGCAGAAGAAAAUACGUGUAUUUCUCUUCCUGAAAAUUUAACCUUUGUCGACGGUGCUCUUAUCGCAUGUGGUUUUGGUACUGUAUGGGAAGCUCUAACUCGCGUUAAACUCAAUGGACAAGAUCGUUUACUGAUUACUGGAUUAGGGCCCGUUGGACUCGCCGUCGGUAUGCUUGGACGGGCACUUGGAUCUCAUCAUAUCAUUGGUGUAGAUAUCAGCGAAGAACGGAUUCAAUUAGCACGUAGUAUGAAUCUAAUCGAUGACGGAUUAGUAAGCAAUUCGAAAACACUCGAAAAAAUUCAUCAAUUGACUGAUGGGAAUGGCUGUGAAGUAACGAUUGAUUGUUCUGGAUCUCCGUCUGCUCGACAAGUCGCUUUACAAGGUACGCGUCAAUGGGGUCGAUGUGUUUUCGUUGGUGAAGGUAAUGACAUUCAAUUUGAUGUUUCACCACUGCUAAUUCACAAGCAAAUUACGUUGUAUGGCUCAUGGGUUACAUCUCUAAAGCACAUGGCAGAUUUAACCGAACGAUUAUCUCGAUGGAAUUUACAUCCAGAGAAAAUAGUUACACAUCAGUUCACAUUAGAACAAGCAGAUGAAGCCUACAAAAUCGCUAGCCAAGGACAUGGAGGCAAAGUCGUUAUUGUCUUUGACUGA